UCAAGAAUUUGCUCCACAUAUCCAAAACUUAAAGAUUUCUGUUGAACUUGUAUUAUACGCCAUAAUCUAUUUUCUUUAAAAUGGUUUGGAAAAAUAUCAUUUGAUACAAUCAAGAAUAUUCUCCUCUUUUCCUUCCUCAAUAAGAAGUUUCCUCAAGCCUAUAAAAUAAAAUAAAUAUAAAUGGAAAAACUCCUGAGAAAUUGACUCAAACAAUUUAAAGUAUAGCAUUAAUGUUGUAGAAUUUUAUACAUAUAUGUAAAGUGCGUCCGAUUGAUUUAUUCCAUUAAGGCAAAAAAAAACAUUAGAAACUAUGCACAACCUUUAUCUCUACUCAGUCGUGUUCUCUCUUGGUCUUGUUACCUUCAUCACAUGUUUCGCCGCCGAGUUCAAGAGAACGAAGAAAGAAGAUAUUCGAUGGGACAAAGAGAGGAACUGCUAUAUACCAGAAAGCCAAGCAUUUGGGCUCGGAUCAGCUGCUAUUCUUUGCUUUUGUCUUGCUCAGAUCGUUGGAAGCAUAGCUGUCUUCCGAAAUCACCGGACAAGAACUAAAAGAGAAGAUGAUUACAAGAUUACCGAUCUUAGUUUACCCACCGUUCUUUUGCUCCUUUCCUGGUCCAAUUUUGUGGUAGUGGUUUUGAUUCUGAGUACUGCAAUAAGCAUGAGCCGAGGUCAAGCUUACAGAGAAGGAUGGCUCGAGGGAGAUUGUUACCUGGUCAAAGACGGUGUCUUUGCAGCUUCAGGCUGCUUAGCCAUCCUUGGACUUGGAGCCUUGACCAUAUCAGCCACUAGGAUCAAAGUAAAGAAACAACAACUUGUGAAAGUCUUAAUCAAAGACCCAAACCAAGAACAAAAAAGAUCAAUAGAAGAAGAACAAAAACAUGAUGAGUACCAAACAAACAAGUCAGAAACUGUCGUGUACUUGGUGGAAGAAGCGUCGUCCACUAAUAUAAGCAGAAUAUAAAUAAAAUAAAUGAUGUAAAGCAAAAGGAGAAACAAAGGAUUUGUUAUUAUUUA